GUGAGAUAGAGAGCUCGCAGGUAACGGUAAGACGUAGGGCGGCCCGAAAAAGAGGGGAAAAAAAGUUAUUGGAAGUAGGUGCCAGUAGGUGAAAAGUUCGAAUUUGGUCAAUCAGAAGAAAACCUAGCAAGAAGCGAUAGCGUUUAGCCGGUAGGACCCUGUGGUAGUAUACGGAAAGCAGCGGCACGUUAGACAGUCAAGACAAGUGCAUCGAGAAGCCUCGGACGACGUAAGGUUGCAAGCAGUCGACGAACCGAGAUCAAGUGCAGCGGCGGCGCCCGAACAAAGGAUCCGAUCUACCCGGGGUCGCCGCACUGCGUAGGAACAAGCAAGGAACCAAAGGGGGGUCCAUGUCCUCGCGGCUCCUGGCGUGCUGGUUGGCCCUGGCGGUGGCGCUGACGCUGCUGCUGUCCGAGGCGCAGGGCGCCAAAGGCCGCGGAGGCAAGCGCGGCCGCGGCCGCAUGCGGUCCUCCGGCUCGGCCAGGUACAUCUUCUACACGCACCCGAAGAGGAAGGAGUACUACGACAACCCCAACGGAGCCCAGAUUGAGAAGGCAUCACACUUCGACUACGAGUUCUUUCUGGGCCACAAGAUCGUAUUCAUCUGCGUGGCGCGUGGCGUGCCUCGGCCCCGCAUCACCUGGUACAAGGACGGCAUCGAGAUAUUCGCUCACCCGUACAUGCAGUCCAUCCUGCAAAUAUCAGAGUGGCAGCUAGAAGGAGACCGAAUCAAGAGCAAGCUUGAAAUCGACCCGGCAAGACAGAUGGACUCCGGAAACUAUGAAUGCCAGGCUGACAACAAGUACGCCAUCGACAGCCGAACCUUCAAAGCCGACUUCAGCUCCUUGGGGAGCUAGGCUGCAGCAGGUUCCUUGAAAGAAGUGCGACGGCAGGUACCACAUUCAACCGACACAUGCACCCACUAAAAAUGCCUACAUUAAUCAGGCCUUAAACAGUGUUGAGUGACAGCAACACACAUCGUUCAAUGUGGCACGGCGGAUGAUUACGCACGUGAAAGCUUAGACUCUACCAACAACCGACAGAAACUCUGAAAGGAAUUCAAGCGAUUUAGUUUCUAUUUGACUUUAGUGUUAUAAGUUUAUACACAAGGAAAAAGUAGAAACUCAUCGGAAGGUAAAUCAUCGCACCAAUUGACUAACCGGAGACCAGUCUGUCGCAAACCUAAUAGCAAUAUUGUUUUGGCUGAAAUACCUCCACCAUUUACUGAUCUCGUUCCUUCAGCAAUUGUUAGCAAGUGAGACACACAAUCUGCUGACAUUACAAUGCAGAGGAAGGACAAACGUUAACUUGCUCUUGUGUACAUCAGAAGAAGUAAGGACAAUACUUAAUGCUUCAAGAUUCUCUUUUUUUUUUUAUCGCUAUGCUUUGAACUUACAGAGUUCUGCCUUUUGCUCAUCUAGCUCUCAAAUCAUAUAGCUACUCGAAUCCUAGAGACGUGCCUGCACUGUAAAUAGUCCAAUUCCAAUCAGCUUCAUUCCAUCCAUUUACAGUAAAACCGUUCAUAACACUGAAAACCAACAAAAACAGACACUCAUAGAGCUUACUACUCCCGAACACCUGCUGUACUGUAGCAGGUUAUUUCCUAUCCUGAAACAGACUACAAGGUAGCAAAAACAAGAAGAGUACUAUCAAAAAGAAGUAGCACACAGUUCCUUCGGGCAAUCAUUUCAACGUAAAUGCUUAUUUCAUUCUAAAAAGUCUAAAUUUAUGACUGAUCAUGUGGUAAAAUUACUCAUACAAAGAAAUAGAUAAAAACGAAACAAGCUCCUAUAAACAAGCCAGUGAAACACUACAUCUAGCAAAUACCAAAUGCAAAUGCAUGUGGAAAUUCUUUUUAAUUAAAUUUAAUGAUUCCAAGCUGAAGAAAAUGUUUGAGAUAAGCUUUUCUACACUGAAUACUUCUAAUCCAAACUCACCAACAUAUUAAGAUUGCAAGGCCUGACAUACUACUUUAAACAGAAGUAUGUGGAAAAUCCAGAUGUCACAAACGUCCUGUUCACUCGCACUCACGAGUGUUUCACCAUUAACACCAUUACUGUGUAGUGCGUACAGCCCGCAAGACUGCGGACAGAACAGGUAUGCUUGUUUCCCACUUAAACGCAACAAAUUCAAGACAUGUACCACCCAGUGAUCACCCGUUUCCCAGUACCUACCAGUGCCAAACUCCCUGUCUUGUUGAAGACGAUACAGGUGUCUCAUGCUUGGUACAAAACACCAAAACAAAACAGCGUGUGCAUUACAGUUUCUCUCAUUGCGCAUCCUGUGUGUAGCUCACUAGUGGCUCAGCUUGUGUGUCCCUGACUGUUAAAAAUAAAGCAGAGUUCGGUCAGCUGUU